AUGUUUGUUGAAGCAAAUCUAGUUGCUUGUCUUCUUUCCACCUUGCCUGGUGAUGCAACAACAGAGAACAAGAACAGCGAUAAAACAAAAAUGAACACUCAAAAGGUGCAGAAAAAUCAGUGUGAUAUGAAAACAGAUCUGAACUUACUGCUUGAAUGCCUUAAAUAUCAGAUGGACUGCCCUCUGUCUCAGAAAGAGGCUUUGAUCACUAUCUAUUCCAUUUGCCAACAAAACAGUGAAGCAAGUGAAUACUUACGAGAAAUUGGUGGUUUGAUGUUUAUAAAUGACCUUGCCAAGUCGAGUGUUCAUUGCAUGGUGAAGGAAGCAGCUUUAUUUACGUUGGGGAUUAUUAUAGAGAGUAAUGUGUAUUGUCAACAGACUUUGUGUACUUCUCCAUUGUUUGAAGACCUCAUUUUAUUUUUAAUUAAAAAGGAUUCUGGUGUGAACUUGAAAAGAAUGUCUGUUUAUGUCAUCUUAGUACUGGUUUCAAAUAAUAAAGAUGGGCAAACCUACGUCAGGGAUACAGGCUGCAUCAGCCUGCUGCUGCAGUUAUUCAGAACAACUCUUUCCACCUCUGAGAAGAAUCUGUCAGAUGAAAACACUGAUCCCAGCUAUCAGCUCUGGUCCUCAGUGUGCAGCACUCUGUGUGCCUGUGUGAACAACCCCCAGAAUGAAGAUAAUCAAAACAUUUGCUGUUCAGUUUUUCCCUAUGCCAAAGAGUGGCUCGAGAGUUGCACAAAGCCUGAGAUAGUUCGUCCCAUUUGUUCAUUUCUUGGUCUCACAGUUGCAAAUAACUCAUAUGUGCAGAAAUAUUUUGUUUCUAUUGGAGGAUUGGAUACAUUAGCCAAAGUUCUCCUUGAGCUUAUGCAUGAUUCCUGUUUGAGUGACUCCAGCAUGAAACUUGCAGUAGUAGUAACAAAGACUCUGGAUGCCUGCAUUGCUAAUAACUCUGCCAUGGGUGUUGUCUUGGCAAAGUAUCACACUGUGUCAGAGCUGCUGAAGCUGCUGUCCAAUGAGACACUAAGCACAGGAGAAAAAAUCAGUAUUAUUCUAACAAUUGGACACUGUACUGAAGUUUGUGAAGAAAAUCAGUGUGAGCUGCUUCAGAACAAUGGUCUGCCACUUAUGAUUCAGGUACUGACAGAAUCUCAGGACGAGGAACUCAUCAAAGCUGCUACUUUUGUGCUGCAGAACUGCAAACAAAUGACUGAACAGUUGUCCCUGAAAUUACACGAUAACUCAUUAAAUGUGAACAAUGCAGAAGAAUUGGAUGUGCAAGUCAGGAAAAGAUGUCUACAAGACUAUUGGAAGAAAGCAAAAGAAAUUUUACACAGAAUAAACUCGAUUGAAAAAGAGCAUGAUGAGGAAAGAGUGCAAGGAGAAAUAUUUGUAGACGAAUCUUCAGUAGCCAAUUCUGAAGCAUUAAAAUCCCAUGAAGUGAAUCCUACUGAUCCAAAGAAGUGCACAGAAAGAGCACAUAAAUACGUCUGUUGUCCACAGUUGACCUCAAAGUUGAAUAAUCAGGUUCUUGCUCCAUCUGUAACUUCAGCUCCACAAAGAAAUGGAACAGUGAACACUAUGGAUGCAGCCUCUACCAGACAAACUGAACAGAGGAACAUUCCAUGUUCUGUUACUGAGCUGCAAACAGACAGUGUACCUCCAAGUCACAAUAUAAAUGGAAAAACUGCUUGUGGAAAUAAUUGGUCUGGUCUUCAAGCAGGUGAGGAGUUAUUUAAACAACCAGCAGGGAGUGUUAGAAAUAUGAAACAGACUUGCACAUCAGAUCAGCAUUCAUUCUGCUCAGAGAAAACUGAGAGAAUCAAAAGUACUUCAGCUACAUCAUCAUCCCAUAAAAUGACAGAUUUAAGGUGUUUAGGCUGCACAGCAGGAGGACUGUCCUUGAACAGUAAAACGUUCACCAAGAUGUUGCAGAGUUGCCUGCACAGGUGUGAGCACCACAGAGUCAUCCUGGAGGCUGAAGAAAGAUACCGAGGGGAGCUCUGCAGGAUGGCUGCUGGUAACAAUAGCAGAUCUGCAACUCACCAGAAAAUGCUGGUGGCCCCAGUGAAGAAAGACAGGGUGGAUAAAGAAAUACCAGCUUUUAGGAGCAAGAAGGAUAGUUUCCAAAGCAUUCUUUUGACUCCAAAUAUAAAAGACAAAUCUAACACUUCAGAGAGAAAUGAACAUAGUAGAAAUACUAGGUGGACUAGCAACUAUAACUUGACACCUGCAAGUGAAAAGUCUUUACAAAAAACCCAAGAUGCUAACCAGAAGAGACAGAGAGUCAAAGAGAUGUGCAGCCAGAAAUGUCAGCGCUUAAAAGAAAAUUGCACACAUUCACUUGGUGAAGAUGAGGACAAUGAAAUGUGUCCCCUGGCCAUGAGCACGAGACCUUUGAACAAGAGAAGAGCCCGAAAAGAUUUCACAACUGAAGAAAUCAACUGCCUUUUGAAAGGAGUCCAAAAAAUGGGCAACCACUGGAAUUUGAUUUUGUGGUCUUACCCUUUCCAGAAAGGACGGACAAGUGUUGACCUUUCCAAGAAGUACUACAGGUUACAGGUGCAGAUGAAAAAAGCCCACAAAGGACAUCAAUAAUAUGAUCUGAGAGUGCUUUGGAUUUCGUUGCAGAACGUUCAAGAACAGCCUUUGUAACAGUGAGGUAUUGCCUGAACAACUCAAGCCCUUGGAGAAUUUAGGUUGGCUUGGACUCCUGUUUUUCAGUGACAGCUGACAGAAUUGUUACACAUCGUAAAUUUGAUUUACCAUAACUUGAUGAUUUCUUUAAGUAAUGCUAUCAUAGGCAACAGAAU